GAAAUUGGGCCAGCUUCAUAAAUGCAGAUACAGGAAACCCGUUUCUGCAUUUAGUCUGGGACUCGUGUUUGGGUGUGGUUUGGAGGCAAGAAUUGAAUAUGCAUAAUGGUGAAUUUAUUUUGAAAUGAAAUCUGGCAAGUGGUUUGAAACUUGAAAAGUCAUCAAGGCAUUCAACAAACUAGUAUAAAUAUGUGGAGAAGCUUUUCUUUUCUUUUGGCAGAGGUGGGAGUUGGGAAACUUGUGAGACUUUUGUGUUCAUGUGAGUGCUUUUAAAGCAUUGAAUGACGGUUGAUUUUGAGGUGGUGAAAUGAGUAAUCUGGAGCUGAACAACUUUAUAGGAGUGAGGAUGAAGAAAGGGUUGAGAAAGCUGUGCAACGGAGAGAGGUCGACCUCGAUUGUGGAUGCGUGCAUGAUGGGGGAGAGAGAGAGGCAGCCGACAUUGGAGGAGAUGAUCCUAGGAUUGGAGAUGGAGGAGAAGGGUAGAAAGAGCAAGAUGGAAGCGCACAGAAUGUCGUGCGUGAGCAGCUGCGACAUCCUGCGCAGCGCCAGAAAGGCGUUGAAUCAGUAUCCCCGGUUCUCUCUGGACGGGAAGGACGCCAUGUACCGGUCCUCCUUCAGGCCGGCGGUGGUGGGAGGGGAGAGCGUGAUUUGGUGCAAGCCGGGGGUGGUGGGGAAGCUCAUGGGGCUGGACGCCAUGCCUAUUCCGUUGAACACGUAUUAUAGGAGGGAGAGGCUCAGCGCCAUCAUUAGGCGCCAGACCGACACCCGCUGCCGGAGAGGACUCGGAUCUUGCUCCAGAGCUGCCUAUUGUGUUGUCAAACCCAACAGAUGGAAUUAACUUCCAUUUUCUUUACUACUGCUGCUGUUGUGUGGAAACCAACUUUCUAUCCUGCUAACUCUAAUCGUUUUAAGCUUCUUUACCAUCAACAAACUAAAUUUUGUAUUGUUUUAUACUUACUUUUUUGUUCUUAGCUAAGAUAUUACUCUCU